AUGGGAGGAUCUCAAACCAAGUUUUUAUCAAAAAAUUCUCCAGACAAACGGCACCGAUCUGCAAGAUUACGAAGACACGAUUACCGAGUGGCGUCAGCUUGGACUAGACGCCUUUUGGAUUGGGAGAAUUUCCCUCCGUCGGACGAUGCAGAUUCAUAUUUCAGUGGAUUAUCUGCAAGUGUUCCUAAUCCUGCUCAACCUAGUUCCUUAUGUCGAGACAACUCCGUUGUCGACAAUCAAGAAUCAAACACUAGACCAACAGUGAAAAUCAGAACGCAAUCAAUAAAUGAUCCCGUGGAUGAACUCCAGUCGAAUUUACCACGAACAAGGAAAACGGGCACAUCAAAUGAGCAAACAAUACCCAAACCCGUAACACGACAUCAAUCCGUUAUCAUUACAAAAUCAUUGACAAAAGCGCCUACAGCAGUGAUAAAAAAAGAUGCACGAAACAUAUCUAAAAGUGUGACUAGCAAAGUAUCUCCAUCACGCAAAUCACGGUCAAAUGGUCAAAUUACCGAUAAAACUAAAUUUCAGCAAGGUGACACUGCGUUUGCAAGUUCCGCAUAUGGCUUAAAUGAUUCCCCUCGAGGAACAGCCAGGGUAACAGAAGAUUUGGUGACAAGAUCGGCUACAUUUUUGAAUCAAUCAGAUCAUGAUAAAUUCGCCGCCAGAAGCCGUGAAGAUUUUUCGACUUGUUCCCAAGACCUGCCAACGGGUGAUACUCAAGAAGAUCCCAUUCCUAGAAAUGCAUCCUCUAAGGAUAGUAAACCUGUUCGGUAUGCGGCCAAAUCUCGUUUGUCUGAGAAACCGCCCACACCUCCUCCGAAAAUCAGCUUAUCCAAAGCGAGCACCAUGAUAAUAGCAAAUUCCAACUUUGCCAUCCGACCAAGUACCGCAAACCGAAACCUAGCAAGUCCAACAAGAGGUGCACAGUCGCAUCCCGCAACUCCGUGCUCGCAAAGAAGUUCAACUGGUCGAGCUAAUUCAUUGCCAAGAACAACGUCGACAAGAGACUAUAGAGUCCAAACUCCUCAAACAUAUUCUGUUCCCAGUUCGCCUUCAAAACCCAGGCGAUCCGGAUCCGUGUCUCAGCACUCCAGUGCGGACACGGAUAGACCCGAUAAACCGCCUUGCCUGUCCCGGAUCGAGUACACAUUCUAUAUUCACGACACAGAAGCGUAUCAGAGACCGUUUUUCGACAGACGCGUCGAAGCGAUUGCACGUGCUAGUCAAUGCAACAUUUGCCUACACAAACCACCACGGGGUCAGAAGCCGAUCUACUAUAAAGGAAAUCGUGUACUCCCGGUGACCAUAUCAGCCCGUACAAUGGUCACUUUGAAAAGGUGUAUGGCUCGAUUGGAUAUGCAAUAUCCUUAUUUCAAUGUCAAAGCGUUUUGCCCUCCGGACAUGUACUAG